GAAAAAAAAAAAAGAAAAGUAAAAUGACUAAUAUCAAUAACGAAAUUCAACCUGAAUCUAGUAAAAAUAAUAUACUAGAAAAUACAAAAGUUAUGUGUAUUUUAGAUGAUAAGAAAAUGAAAAGCAUCAUGAAAAAGUUUAAGAAUUGCACCAAAAUUAAAAAUUCUAACAUUUUGACUAAACAAGUUGAAGGGGUUAAAAAACUUUAUGAAAUUUUUCGUGAAUUUAUUAAGGAUUCAUUAGAUUUUAAUAAACGUUUAAAAAAUUAUUCCCUUGAUAUUUUAUUUUUUACAGAAUGUUUUAAUGAUAAUAAUUGUUCUGAUGAAGAUAUUUUAGUAUUAUUGAAAGAUCUUUUAAAAGAAUCUAAAAAGAAUCAUGGAUUAGCUAAAGGACUAGAAAGAAGAUUAUUUGUUGAUGAAGAAGAUGGAAUCAUGAACGAAUUAAAAAAAAUCAAAAGUUCUUUACAAGGACAUAUUCUAGAUUUUAAAACUAAGAUUAAUUCAGAAGAAAAAGUAUUAAUAUCAUAUGAAGGCGGUGUGUUUUAUAGUUUAUGUAUUGGUAUUUUAUUAAAAGUAGCUAGUUUGAUAGAUUUGGUUACUAAUGAAAAAUCUUAUGAAGAAGCUGUGAUCAAUAUAGCGGAAAAUUGGUUAGAAGAAGAAAGGGAGGAAAUUAGAAAUCAAUUGAAAAAUAAUCAAAAUGAAUUGAAUAUGAUAAAUCUCUUUGAUGAUAAUUUGAAAACAAUUAUUAUAGGAGUUGGUAAGAUCAGGACUUUUUGGAAUGCACAAAUCGAAAUUAUCGAAUAUCUUAUUGAAAACCUUGAACGAUUCGGAAAAGGUCAACAUAUUCAACGACGUCGAAUUGUUCGCGUUCUUGAACAAAGAUGGAAAAAUGUGGAAAGAGAAUGUCAAAUUUACAAUGAAGCGAUGAAUGAUUUAUUGCACGACGAAUACAUUGAGGUAACGGGAUCCGUUGUAAUGUCCAAAGCACUCGUUUAA